UCAGCACCCCCAGCGUUUCCGCUGUGGCUGCAUGCUUAAUUAUUAACUGCAUUACAUUACUAUCACCAUCAGGCGUUAUUUAUUUCUGACCCGGACAAAGCUCAAGUGGCACAACAACAGAAACGUUAAUUGUAAAAAAAAAAUUACAAAGGUGUUUAUUUUUUCCGUAAAAACCCCGAGCAUUCAGGUAGCUGGUGCGUCGUGGCGGUUCGGCCCGGUCUGAGCGGCACAUCUCCCGCCUGGGGUUUCAGGCGAGCCUGGUAAAAGCCUGCGGCCUAGGUCGCGUUUCGGUCUUCGUUGACCCCGAGGGCCCGCCGCUGCCCUUUGUGGCACGGUAACCCUGGUUAAUGUCCCGUCGCCGUAACCCUGUAAAGAGAUAUCUUAACAGAUUAACGAAAGUUUAGCCGUGAGCAACUUUGGCGCUGUUUGUUGGAGGACACAAUGGUAAUGGAAUGGAGACCCUCCUAACGCCCAGCCACAAGCCAGCCAUGGAGGACGAUGACUUCCACUUCGCCGGGCAACGCGGGGGGAGCGCGCGUCACGAGCCCAUGGUAGAGCUGUGCAACAGUGGCGAUAGUGGUACUAAUGUUGUCUCUAACUGUCUGUUUGGUCACACUGCCGUGAGCACGACAAAGGAACCCAAGGGGAAGAGCGGUGCGUAUUUGGAGGUGGAUGGAAUGUUUUUGGAGAAGUCGGGGUCUGCGUCGAUGUCCCUGAAAAAGCUGGCAGAGCGGCAUCUUGCUGAAGCCAGAAACACAGAAAAUUUGCUUUCAAACACAGUUUAUCAAACUAUGGCGGGCAUCAUAGAUAAUUGCGAAGUAAAGAAUCCCUUGAAAGCUGGUGCUUUGCCUGUAGAAGAACCUGCCCAGAGGUAUUGCAGAUCUACACGUGGGUUCUGGGACAUCUUUAAUGAGGUAACAGGUGCCUGUGCGACAAGACCAAGCUCGCUGUUGGACAGUGAAAGGACAGCAGGUGGAUCUGAUAACUCAAGAACAAAUACUGCUGGCAUGUCGGAAGAUGGCACACGUAGUGAUUCUGUAGAGCAUCAAAGAGGAAUCUCGAAGGAAAAAUGCUUGCUUGAAACUGCUCUAUCUGCAUUACAGAGCGACAGUGACUGUAGCCCCAUGGGUAAACAAGAACAUUUUAUUUAUAACCUACUGGCAAAACUUGAAGCAGAAGCCCGUUUGAACAUCUCCAAAAAACGCAGUGGUGAUGAGUGCAAUGAUGGCAAACAUAAUGUUUUAAGUAGCAAACUUCAUCACGCACCAAAAACUGUACAUGAACCAAUUAAGGAAAUCCUGUCAGAAAUGCGGUUACCAAGGAAAAUGAGCCCCCCUCAUGAUGAGUAUACUGAUGAAUCCAUAAAGGCGAAGCUCACAGGUUUCUCAGACGCCACAUUUCCGCCAGUCAUACAUAAGAAGAAGGGAUGGAGGCAGUUUGCUGGAAGGAGAAUGGGUUCAAAUGCACUGCGCUGCAAAGAGGCAUCCCACUCAUCGCCUCCACAUUCCGACUUUAAGCUGCAGGACACAAGCGAAACAAUCACUCCCAGAAGCCUUACUCCAGAGAUUACUGCUGCCCCACUCAAAACCCCCAGCCUCAAGCCUGAGAACAGGUCCGUGUUUCUGAGCGAGCAACUGGAUCAGUACCUGGAGGUGGAGUGCUCUGACAUUUGUGUGGAGCCGCCCCCCCUCCGCUCGCUCGAGGCCACAGUAGCCACCGUCCCAUUCAGGCUGCCACACAAAGCGGGUCACAGCUACAUUCGGCGGUUCGAAUAUGUUCAGCAGAGGCAGCGUCGACUCAGGCAGCAGCUCGUGGAGAUCGAGGCGAGCAGAUCAGUCGCCACACAGUUGGCGAGUCCAGGCACACCUUCGCACACGUUCCCGGGUUGCCCUAAACAAAGUAACACUGAAGAACGUGACAGGCACUGUGCAAAACGCUUAGCUGUGGACAGCAUUAAUGCGGAGGCUGAAACUGCGACUGAAGCAUGGAUCUCACCUACAGCCAGAACAUCUUGUGAUCGCCAGAAUGCCAAUGCAGAUGUCAACACGUCGAACAGCAAGGUACAAGCAGGGCUCAGUGCGACGCCAAAACGGGAGAAGAUCUGUACUGUGGAGGCCUGGGAUGUGCCCGUGCGGCAGAAAUGUGACAAUUUGGUACCGAGCUUCCCUGGGCCGAUACUGGCUCUUGAGAAGAUUGGGCGGACUGUGUACAGGAACACGGCUUGUCUUGGGCAGAACUACAUUACGUGGACAUGCGCCGAAGCCAUCAAGGAGAGCGAUUGCACCAUGGAGUGGUUAGAACAGAGGUCGCUAGACGCCGGACUUCCCAAGACCGCCAUCACCAAGACAAGGGCCAUGAUCGCAAGUUCUGCGCUCACCACACAGAUGAUACUCAAUGCUGGGACGUUUCCGUUCCGUAAAAUGCAAAGGCGCAUCAUGUCAAGGGAGUACCAAAAGGCUCUGCUGGUUCCAGAAGUGAAGGUGGAAAAGUCAGAUUUGAACUCGAAGCCUCGGAGCCUCGUGAGCGAUGUGUGCAGCAGACGUAAGCGGAGGGUGCUUAUGAGACGUCCAGGCUUGGUGGACAGCAGCACAGAGGCGGAAGCGAGCGGAGAAGAUGUGGACAAUGAUAUGUGUUACGAGAAGGAAGAUGACGACUUCCUUGACUCGGAUUCUGACGUUGACGCUGGAUUUAAUGGAAAAGAUUCUGAAGAUUCCAGUGUAGAAUUUCGUCGAUAUACCAAGUGCAACCGCAGACGUCUUGCAAACGUAAAACGGGAAGACAGGCGGAGAAAGCAAAUGUCUGCCUCGUCAGUCACAGGGAGGAGGAAUGCGAGAUCCGCAGCCUCGACAAGACGCAGCCUACGCUUACGGGCGAUCAAGAAGAAACAGUGCAGCAAACCAGUGGCUGCUGUGGAUGCGAGUGACGAUGAACAUGGGGGGGCGGUCAAAGAGAACGCCAUCAGUGCCGAGCCAGGAGUGUCCCAAGUGGCCAUUUCCAUCACACGCGCCUGUCGCAGGAAGUUGCAGAAAGAGACACCCGCGUGCUCCCGCAAGAGCAUGGUGGUGCACUUGCAAAGCCACUGUGACUGGAGCAGCCAGCGCUCCACUGUGUACAGCUACAUCUCGCGCCACGUGAGCGAGGCCCUGGGAUCGGGCGUCUUCCUCGUCGCUGGAUUUCUCGUCAACAUCCAACGGUGCCAAGAAGGGACUCGGGACGAUGCCGGCCCCGUCGACUACAGAAUGAAAAUCUAUCAGUUUUCUACUAACUCUGUUGUGCGGCCAGAGUCUACCCCCAAACAGGCUGUCGCUCCGUCGGCUGCAUCGCGGCCAGUGGAACACAAGCGAACAUCCGAAACGGAGCCAGUUCUUCUGAAGUUACAAAGGAAGCUGUCUGGAGAAUCAGAACGGUGGACUGUGGUAGACAACACACCACCUCCGCCCAGGUCCAGCCCUGACACAGUGGUUCCACGUGCACCGUCGGAACAACAACGCACCACUGCUGGUGGUGGUCGUAAUGCGGCCGAGGCAUCAACGUCACCCUCGUCACCAGACAAAGUCGAUGAUGCAGAUUUAGAGAGGAGAUGGGCGGAAAUUGAAGACGAGAUCACAGAGGUGGUGGUAGGCGAUACGGCAGGCGGUGAUUUGUUCUCGGAGAACGUCGGUGACAGUGCUGAAUGUGGCAUGGUCCAAACAAGGAAGUAUCCUGCAGACGAUGAAGUGAUCGUGCUGGACUCAUCAGAUGACGACGUCAUCGAGGUGUUCGUGUUGGACGACGACGAUUAAAAGCGUAAAGAGCUGCAACGGAGUCGACCGAUUGAUUUUUCCAUUUUCAAUUUAACUUUGGUUACAGUCUUUCGUAAUUAUUUCAGUUAUUGUGCGAACCCUUUGUACACUUACAAGGAAAGAGGCUGAACACUUAAAUGUAGCGAGAGGAAAGUGGCAUUACAAACUUGUGUUCUUCAUUCCGAUGUAAGCGAGCAGCCAAAGGGUCAUGCACAUCAAGGAACUUUUAAUUGCCGGGGUUCCCAAAUAUAUAUAUAUAUAUUGGGCUUUUGUAAAGCCUCCAAGGAUGGUGCUAUGUUGUAUAGUUUUUUUUAUUUAACACAAAAAAAGUGUAAAAUGCUGUUUCCUUAUUUGUGAUAAAGCAUUAGAAAAGUGCAUGUUUUGUGAAUGUUAGUUAACAAUCAGGGGAUUGCAAUUUUUUUUUUAAAUCUUUCCGCGUUACCAAAACGACGUGUGCUUGACCGCACGGCGAGAGUGCCAUGGGUUUGUGAAAUCUUGCUAACGGCGUUACUUGUGCAGUGCACCUGGUAACACCUACAUUGAGGCGCUGUUACAAUUCACUUUCGACCACCGGUUAUGCCCAUUGUACAUACCGAUGGCCGCUGUCGAAAUUCACUCCCUUGAAGCGCUGUGCCCUCGCGAUGUUUUGUUUGCCGGUGAGGAAGGUUGUACAGAUGUCAGCGUACAGGUGGCAAUAUGCAGCCAUCUGCUCUUCGCUUUGGAAAACCUUUCAGAGUAUACAGUGUAGUAUUGGUAAGCACACUAAAGACGUACACAAGCGUGUAUGUGCUUGUUACGUGUUUGGGUGUUGGAUUGCCAACAGUAUGUCACUUAGCAGUAUUAACUGCUUAUUACUACAAGCAUUCUGUUGAGUUUGAUUGUCAUGUUAUUUUUUUUGCUAUUUAUGUUACAUUUAAAACUGAUUUUUUUUUACACAUUUUAUAACAAUUAGUUGAUUUUAAAAAACAUUCGGUAUGUGAGUUUUUUUUCAAGACAUUUCCAACAUUUUUGAAGCAGUGUCUUAUGUGUAAGAGACUUUUUUGCAAAUACUGUACACAAUAUGACGACUGGAGACCUGCCCCCCAGUGUGUUUUUGGACUAAAACGGUUUUGCAGAAAAUUAACAAAGUAGUCUUAACCACGUGCAAGAAAGUUUUUUUUUUAAAUUAUAGAAUUACCAAAUUCUAAUAUGUGGUUUUAAAUGCAGUGUUGGCGAGUGCACAGCCAUGAAUAGGUCUCAAAUGUUAUUUUACAUGUCAGCUUAUAUUGUUGUUUAGAAAAGCCUUUUUUCUAGAGUUAGGAUAUGCUGAAUAGUUUGUGGUAAUGUUUUUUAUUGCUAUAGAAGCAAUUCAAUUACCUUGCAGCAAGUCGAUUCCAUUGCUGUAAUUGUUACCAUCUCAGUAUUGUGUUGUUUGAUAUUUGAGUGACAAUACUUUGCGGCAAUGAAGAAAACAUUUAAUUAGCCGAUUCAGUAUCUUGAUGGAUGCAAUGAUACAUCUCGACAAACAACAUGAAGUAGGUUAAUCAAAAUCGUGUCUCGCGAUACGUAUACGUAGGCAAAUGUUAUGCACAUUAUAUAUAGGAAAACAAAGAAAUACUGCAAACAAGACAACCCCACACUCAUCACAAAUGGCAUGGUAAAAACUACGUACAAGAGGAUUUGAUUCCUGAAUUAAACUGCAACUCUCAAUUGUGAUCAUUUGUUUUGUUGCUGGUAGAGGUGGGGGCAGAUUGUAAACACCAAAAUGUUUUUACUUUGACAUUGAAGACCGGUGAAUAUACGGAACACGUGUUGACUCCGCAAUAUGGAAGUGUUUCACUACGGCGCUAUGAGCCUCGGUUUUCAGUUGGACGUACGUGAGAUUUGUGCAGUAUUAAUGCUUCAGUCAAGUUUGGUUUUUAGAUGUGUGCAUUGAUAAUUAUAAUAAUCUUCAUGAAUAAAAUGCCUUUCAUAGCACAAUGUUGAAGGCCACUUGACACUAGCUCAAAUAAAGCCACAAUUGUAAAUGCUCAGAAGUUAAAUUUCGAUUUAAAGCUUUCGUGACUGCAGGGAUUCAUCUUCUUGGUUCUUUCGGUAAAGUCAUGUAGAAUGGAAAUAAAAUAAAAAUAAAACAAUAAAAUAAUUCGACAGACCUGCUUGCCACCUGAGGACGGCUGCUUGCGUUGUGGCCGAAACGUCGUGAGAAUUAUUUUAUUAUGUUUUAUUUUUAUUAUUUUAUUAUUUCUAUUCUACGUGACUUUACCGAAAGAACCAAGAAGAUGCUCAGAAGUUAUAAAAUUAUAAAUUAAAAGAAGAAAACGUCAAUGAACGGUAACAAUGACGAGAUACCCGAAUAAAAUCAGAAGGCUAAACUACAGCAACAUCGGUCUUAGCUCCGAUUUAAAAGAAGCCGCCGUGGCCUCAAACUUCUCCAUUUGCAGAGGCCCAAUGCAGUCCAAAGGCACACAGUCAGCAGGUCUCGUACAGACGCUACUGAGGUUGUUGGUUUUGUGUCUGCUGGAGUUAAUACCCUUGGGGGUGGGGAGCAGUGUUUUACCCUAAGUGUAAAAGCAAAGGUUUAAUAAUACCAAUCUCGCUGUGGCUGUUGUAUCAUUUUCCAAAGGGUGGAAUUUUCCAAAAUAUGUUUUUGGCACUGCACCCACAACCCUCUUUUUGAAAGCCGCGUGUAAAUAAGCCAACUGGAUACCUCCAAACUUUGUCUAUUGUGCGCAAUAUGCAACACAUUCUUCCCCAUCCCCUGCCAUCGUCAGUAGCACCCCCUGUUGAAGCGCUGUGUUAUUUAAACAAUUCUUAGAGACUGUUUACAGACAUCUGUUUAAAGUAAAAAAAAAUGUUUCGUUCGGGGGAAAAAAUGUAUGAUACUGUAUUAAUAAUUGACGUUUUAUUAUGUUGUACAAUAAAGUUUGGACAAUUUUAAUUCAACUCUGGUUGUGCAAAUAUGUUACGUGAAUACUCCGAAUUAGCUGAAUAAUAUGGUCAAAUUUUAUGUUUUUGUGGUUUAAAACUCGUUUAAAUAAACUCCAUAUGAAAUUUUCAA